GCAGGGCGGGAGCCGUGGCAGGCCAAGGUUGGCAUGACAUGGAGCGGCGGAACAAGCUGGAGUUUUUCCAGAAACUGGGCUACAGCCAGGACGACGUGGUCAGGGUGCUGGGCAAACUGGGUGACAGUGCAUUGGUCAACGAUGUGCUGCGGGAGCUGAUCCAGACCGGUAGCCGCCCAAGGGCCCAGGAGGAUCCGGCCAACAGCACUGGAGUGGUGUUGAUGCCCCGGGGAUGCUGCGGGAUCCGGGACUCGGCCCAGCAGGGCCUGGGACCAGGCCUGGAAGAGGCUGGUGGAGACCCAGCCAGCUCCCUGCGACCCAUAGUGAUCGAUGGCAGCAAUGUGGCCAUGAGCCAUGGGAAUAAGGAAGCCUUCUCUUGCCGGGGAAUUCGUCUGGCUGUGGAUUGGUUCAGAGACAGAGGCCACACCUACAUCAAGGUUUUUGUUCCAUCUUGGAGGAAAGAACCCUCAAGAUCGGAUACCCCUAUCAGAGAACAGCACGUGCUGGAGGAGCUGGAACGGCAAGCUGUGUUGGUGUAUACCCCAUCCCGCAAGGUCAACGGCAAGCGGGUGGUCUGCUACGAUGACCGCUACAUCGUGAAGGUGGCCUUUGAGAAGGAUGGCAUCAUUGUCUCCAACGACAACUACCGGGACCUGCAGAAUGAAAACCCGGAGUGGAAAUGGUUCAUCGAGCAGCGACUCCUCAUGUUCUCCUUUGUAAAUGACAGGUUCAUGCCUCCUGAUGACCCCCUGGGCCGCCGUGGACCAACCCUGAGCAAUUUCCUAAGCAAGAAGCCAAGGCCCCCAGAGCCAUCCUGGCAGCACUGUCCCUAUGGCAAGAAAUGCACCUAUGGGGUCAAGUGCAGAUUCUACCACCCGGAGAGGUCACACCACACGCAGCUGCCAGUGGCCGACGAACUCCGCGCUAAGACGCGGGCCUGGCCGGGCGGUGGCGCGGAGGAGCAGCGUCCACUGAGUGUCCAGAGCAGCCAGGCAGCAGUCUGGCCUCUUCCCCGGGAGCCCAGCACGCACAGCUUUCCACCAGCUCAGCAGCCAGAGCCCCUGGCCUCCCUGAGCCGGAGCUUCUCGCGGCUGACUUUCAAUGAAACCAGGGCCAGGGGCAUCGCGUCCCGGACGCACGAGCCCGACUGGAUGUCCACGGAUGGCCCCACAUCCUGGGCCUUGUCAUCCCCUUGCGAGGGUAGCACUGCCACCACAAGGUCACCAAGUCUGCGAUGCCUCGGGACUGCGAACAGCCCGCUCUCCUCGGAUGACCUUGGGUUCCCAUCCUGUCCGCAGGUCCAGCCGCCAGAUGGACACGGUUCCAGGGAUACGCACAGUGACUUGGCUCUCCAGCGCAGACCUCGGGAAGAUCUGUGGACACUCCUGCCCAGCUCUUACCUUUAUCAGAGUCACUCGGCCUGGGCCGAGUCUGCUUGGGGCGAGGACACCUUUAGAGGACCUUGGGGGUCAGCACAGCCAGCAGCCAGUGGUGGGGGCGCAUGCACUACUUACCACAGCGUCUUCCCAGCUGACCCAGUGGACUCUGGGAUGGCCUCCAAUCCUGCAGUCUCCGACCUGGCUCUGCUCAGCCUCCAGCAGAGAUCCCAAAGAACUGGUGCACGGUUGGGGGACCCCUAAGGGACAGGUUCACAACACUGGAAGGAGUGGACGAGGCUUUACUUGCAGCUUGGAUAGGUGGGAUACAAGACGAUUGCCAGCCUGGAUGUGAGCAUCGGUUUUCGGACCCUGUCAGUGGAAACUUGCUUCGCAUCCUCCUUGGUGGAUCCAUGACAAUCUUGAUGAUGCUUCCAGGGCCUGCUGAACGGACAGGAUGAUUUCUGAUGUGUACACAACACAUCCGGGUCUGGUUCUAAGUACCAGCCACAAAAUGUUUUAGUGGACCAUCACCACAAAUCAAAGAGAACACCCAAGUAAUCAAGCUGUGUGUGUGUGUGUGUGUGUGUGUGUGUGUGUGCGUACAUGCACGCGCGUUUAAGACUCUAGGAAGCCAUGAGAAUGUGGGUCAUGCUUGUCUUUUGUGGCAUCAAGUAAUGUUUUAAAAUGCGUUCAGGUGACGUGGGAAGGAAGGAGUUGAUGCCGGGAGUUUUCAUGUCACCAUUGCUAAUCUCACUUAUGUGGGAACCCAGCCUUCUGUAAAUAUUUACUGUGGGGCUGUGAGGUGUUGGGGGUGCCCCAGGGAUAAUUGAUUCUCACCAGCCGCUCACUCCUUUUGUACAUAUAUGCAAUACCACUCAAACAUCUCUCUCUCUCUCACACACACACACACACACACAGACAGAGAGAGAGAGAGAGAGAGAGAGAGAGAGAGAGAGAGAGCCUUGCUCAAGGAGCAGCUGUUUUGUUUUGUUUUAUCAAGACAGAGUCUCUCUGUGUAGCCCUGUAUCCCUGUCUGUCCUGGAACUCACUCUGUAGACCAGGCCGGCCUUGAGCUUACAGAGAUCCAUCUACUUCUGCCUCCUAAGUGCUGGGAUCAAAGAUGAGCGCCACCAUGGACAGCUUGUUUU